GAGACUCGGUCCGCCUCCGCUUGAAUCUCUGAGCGGGAGCGAGAAAAAGAAUAACCGUUCGGCUUCCGAGCCGCCUCGUUUCCGUUAGGGCCCUGCUUCGAGCCGGGACGCAGAAGAGCCAUGGCCACUCGCAGGAGGUCGGGCAGGCUCCUGGUGCAGCCAAAGAGGCGUUCCCAGCGCCUAGGGAAGGGUAAUUUCCUUGAAUGUAAAAACUCCCCUGCUCUGGAUGUGGCAACACCUCGAACUGUGUUCCGGAAAGUCUUGCAGACCCAGCCAAUAGUUUCCCCUGUGGUUCCUGAGAAGGCUGAUACCCCCAAACCAGCAGAGACGGUGUUCAAGUUUCCUUCAAGGAAUGCUACUGACAGCAACAUAGAGAUAAGUUUGACUGGCCCUGUUCCUGAAGAGACGCUUUAUCCUGUACUCCCCAAACGUGGGAAGAAAAAGAAGGUCAGGCUGUCUGAGUUUGAAAGAGCUGUGGACAAGCAACUUCCAUCUACCACACCUAAGUCAUUCUCAGACCAGACAUCUCUGACUAGAUCUCUCCAGGUCACUCUUGGAACCCCAGUAACACCACCAUCUGAUGGAAAAAGAGGCUUAACCCGUAGGCCUAAGAGUUACAAAGGUGUUAACGUGAUGACUUUUGAAGGAGGCAUGGAACAAAACUUGCUGCAAGUAAAAGGCUCACAAAACCAUCUUGUAAAGUUGCAUGCUUCAGUUCUGUCAAAUGCCACAGAGACGAUUAAUGCCGACACAGAACUCUUUGCCCAGUCUCAGCUCAGUGGCCAGGUUGGAACAGGGCUUCAUGUUCUUCCAUCUGAGCUUGCCUCUGCUGAGAAAUCUGUAUCUCAAAAGACCAUGCUGUCUCCUGCUGCCGACCUUCAGACACCUCAGCAACCUGCAGAGUCUGAUACAGAUGCUGGCAUGACACAGCAGGGCCAAAAAGACAUUUCCAUGCCAGAAAGUGAAUGCGUAGAUGGCAUAGAAGGUGUGCUGGAGGAGAAAGUUUAUAGUCCAAGGAAAGAGCAGCAAGACAGCGAGAUGCCUGUUGAGGGAGGAAUGAUAGACAGUGACCUGAAGGAGAUGUUAUCACCAGACACUGAACGUGCUGCUGGGAUGGACAGUAUGCCCCAGCAAAGGACACUGUCCCUUAGGGGAGAGCAGCAGGGGAGCCUGCACGGAGACCUUCCCGUGGAGCGGCGGGGGAGCCUGCAUGGAGACCGUCCCAUGGAGCGGCGGGGGAGCCUGCACGGAAACCGUCCAGUGGAGCGGCGGGGGAGCCUGCACGGAGACCGUCCCAUGGAGCAGCAGGGGAGCCUGCACGGAGACCGUCCCGUGGAGCGGUGGGGGAGCCUGCACGGAGACCGUCCCGUGGAGCGGCGGGGGAGCCUGCACGGAGACCAUCUUGUGGAGCUGCAUUUGAGUCCUGAGAAGGAUCAGUUGAGUGAUAUUUGUACACCAAAGUCAUCUACACCAGUCAAUGCCAAACUCCCAGAUGAGCCUGUAAGAGGCCUGCGUGCCUUUCUGCAGGCCAAGGCUACCAAGCGCUCAGUGAAAAUGACAGUGGAGCACAUAAUUGAGGAGCUGGACAAAAACAUGGCUCCAUGUGUUGAGGAACAGGGUGCAUCGGAAGCUAACCUGGAAGAGGAACCUUUCCCCAGUGAAGAGGCUCCUCGGAUCUCUCAAAGGACUGGAGUUGGGACUCCAUGGAGAAGCGUAAGCAGACAGGAGCCUGAGCAGGUAGAGAGGGAAGCGGCAAACAAAGCGAUUCAGCUAUCUGGUGACGAAAGUAAACCACGAGAAGUGUCAGAUUUGGAAAACGAAGCAGAUGAAGUGGAGAUGGAACCUGAAGUUGAGGAUUUGUCAGAGGCUGAAAUGGACUCAGAGAAUAAUGAGCCACCUGUGAAGACACCAGCAUUUGUACGCGCAAAAGCCUUCCAGUGUACCCCGUUGCUGUCCAGCCCGUGCACUCUGAAAUCAGCUGCCUCCAAGUCUGCUUCUGAACAGCCCUCCAAGAAACUGGUUCCAAAAGAAUCCAAGAAGGCACGCAGAGAAAAACGUCAGCCUGCACUCUCCAGCUGCUGGGUGAAAAAGCUAUUCAGCCACUAUGUGAAGAUGCCAGUGGCCAAGGACGCUUUCCAGGCAGUGGAGAGAUGCGUCAGCCUGUACUUCAAGCAUCUGAGUGAGGACCUGGAAGCCUACACAAAUCACGCCAGAAGGAAAACAGUAGAGUUGGCCGACUUGGAACUUCUCAUGAGGAGGCAAGGGCUGAUAACUGACAAGAUCCCUUUAAAUGUCCUAAUAGAGCGUCACUUGCCUCUGGAGUAUAGGAAACUGCUCAUUCCUGUUGCUACCAGUGGAAAUAAAGUCAUCCCAUUCAAUUGAUGAUGAGAUUUUGGUGGAGUGCCUGAUGCUGGAGGCAAAGAAGACCCCAUAUAGUGAAUGAAAUGCAGGCCAGAACCAGCAAGGAGAUGCAAACUGAAGUGGGCAGAGCCCUAACAGCAAACUUGGCUGUACUUAGCGAGGAUGUGGAAAAACCUCAGAAGUGUGAAUAAUUUCCCUUCCCUUCAAGUUUCUGUGGCACACAAGCCACUUUGUUACUUUACCUGUACUGUGGUUGUAAAUAAACUUUUGUUAGAGUGCACAA